UUUUCAAACCUGUUGGGGUCAGUGUACAAGAAAGGAAAUCUCUUAUUUACGCCAGAUGGGAACUCUGUUGUAAGUCCAGUAGGAAACAAGAUAACCAUUCAUGAUUUAAAAAAUAACAAAUCAUCAACACUGCCAGUAGAAAGCAGUUACAACUUCACGUGUCUGGACUUGUCACCUAAUGGCUACAAUCUCAUUGCCAUCAACGAACAAGGAGAUGCCUACCUGAUCAGUCUACUCAGUCGGAGUGUCGUGCACCGGUACAAGUUCAAUCAUGCUGUCACAUGUGUCAAGUUCAGCAUUGACGGCAGCCGGUUCGCUGUCUGCAAACAGAACAACGUGUUCAUAUUCAAGGCACCUGGCCAGUUCGGGGGCAAGUUCAAUCAGUUUGUGAUGGAGAGAGUCUAUCACAAUGCCUUUGAUGAUACUACAUGUGUGGAUUGGGCCUCUGACUCCAGGGUACUGGCUGUGGGCUGUAAGGACACUUCAACACGGCUCUAUUGCCUUGACAGAAUGGCCAACUUCCGUCCCAUCACUCUAGGUUCUCAGAAUGACGUUAUAGUUGCAGUUUUCUUUGAGAAUAACUCUCUCGAUGUCACCACAGUAGCAAGGAACGGGCGAGUGUGCGUGUGGGAGUGCAGCCUGGAACUGGGCGACCUGACACCAGAAGAAGAUGUCGAGCCUGCAGAUAAGAGGCGGCGGCCUCAGCAGCCUGACAACGAAGAUGAUGAUGUAGAUCUCAGUCGUGGCGAGGAGCGCACAGACGCUCUCACCAGCGAUCAGCCAGACAAAGAAGUUGAGGACAAGGAAGAACAAACAAAAAUAUCGUACAAGCUGCUAGCACGCCACUACCUAUGCGACCUGGUGUCUGGGCCGCGCAUUACGCUGACUGCUGCUGCGUACCACAAGGAGUCUCACAUCCUGGUCACAGGUUUCAGUAACGGCACCUUUCUGCUACACGAACUGCCAGAGGUCAACCUCAUACAUUCUCUCAGUAUAUCGGAGCACCCGAUCACAUCGCUGGCUCUGAACAACACUGGGGACUGGGUGGCCGUGGGGUCCAGUGCUCUGGGCCAGUUGCUGGUGUGGGAGUGGCAGAGUGAGAGCUAUGUGAUGAAGCAGCAGGGCCACUCACAGGCCAUGACAUGUCUGGCGUACUCCCCUGAUUCACAGUUCAUUGUUACGGGAGGAGAGGACGGCAAGGUUAAGCUGUGGAACAUGCAGUCUGGUUUCUGUUUUGUUACGUUCCACGAACACACUUCCAGUGUAACAGCUGUUACAUUCGCCAAUAACCGCAAGUUUCUUGUCUCAGCGUCCCUUGACGGCACAGUCCGAGCCUUCGAUAUGACCAGGUAUCGGAACUUUCGCACACUGACUUCACCCCGCCCCGUCCAGUUCUGUAGUCUGGCCCUCGACUAUGUGGGGGAGUUUGUGGCAGCAGGAGGACAGGACGUGUUUGACAUCUACCUCUGGUCCAUGAAGCUUGGACGUUUGGUUGAGGUGUUAAGUGGGCACGAGGGCCCUGUGGUCAGCUUGGUGUUCAACCCCUCUGCGGCCAGCACCGCCCUAGCCUCUGUCAGCUGGGACAAGACCUUGCGACUGUGGAACGCUGUAGAGUCCGGUAGUCACUAUGAGUCCAUCCUGCUUAAUUCUGACGCAACCUGUGUGGCCUACAAACCAGAUGGGAAGCAGGUCGCGGUGGCCACACUGGAUGGUCGGAUCUCCAUGUUCGAUGUGCAGACAGCUGAUCAGGUUGGGAGCAUUGAGGGUCGCAACGACCUCGGCAGUGGGCGCUCAGAUACUGAUCUCAUCACUUCUAAGAAAACCCUGGCUGGCAAAGCCUUCACCAGCAUCUGCUACUCAGCCGAUGGGCUGUACAUCCUGGCCGGAGGUCAGAGCAAGAAUGUCUGCAUCUACAAUGCAACCGAGGCUAUUCUAGUAAAGAAGAUGGAGAUAACACAGAACCACUCUUUUGACGCAAUGGAGGACAUAAUAGACCGAAGGAAGAUGACGGAAUGGGGUAAUGCAAGUCUGAUAGAGCAAAGAGAAGAACUGGAGGGAGGCAAUGUAGCCUUGAGACUGCCGGGAGUCAGGAAGGGAGACAUGGCCGCUCGUGCACUGAAACCUGAAGUACGAGUGUACAGUGUUCGGUUCUCCCCCACAG